CCACUGCCUCCUGCAUUUGCAGCUUGCCCUGUCACACACUGCCACUGGCUCUUGGAGUCUUGCAAUCACAGACACUGCUGAGAAGAUGCACGCUGUCUCUCUGACAGUCAGGUUGAUCCCUACAUCCCAGGGCUUAUCCACAGACAAGCCCUGUUCCUUUUUAUUUAUUUACUAGUAUUUUUAUACUGAUUCUGAAGUGAAGAGACUCGGAUGGGGACAUCCUUCUUGGCAGUCUUCCAAGCUGCAAGAUCCUGUAGAUUUUCUUGUGCCGAGUUGUGGGAGCAGUAUGCGCAUGCAGUCGCAGGUGGCGGACCCGAGCUAGCUUGGUGGUAACAAAAUCAAUUUUUGUACAGUCAUGUACAAUGUUUGUAGUGCAAGUGACUGUCUACGAAAUGAAACGAAAGUUCAAACUGUCUUUGGAAAAAGUAACGCCUGAGACCAUCGGCGUCGGGUGAGAACCCCCUAGCAAGGUGAUAGCAAAAACCCUGCCAGAGGUCGCGGUUUAGGAGUUCAACCAAAGCUUCGGAUUGCGGAACGAGCUAGAGUUUAGUCUGGGGUUUUGUUGCCUUGAGCCAUGGAAAGUCACUCGUGGCUCGAUCCUGAGGAUGUCGUCAUGGUCGAGCCAGUUGAUGGAGCUGGUAAUGCUGUUGGUCAAGUCACCAGACCUCUAUCACCGCUCCGUGCCUACAAUACGCGCAGCAGUAUGCGGUCGAAUCAAAGUGAAGCGACCAGCAGCAUUUCUCCCAGCAGAGUUGCAUCCACUGUUGUGCCGCCGUCAAGGCGCUGUCCACUGCCGAACCUUUCCACCGCUCACUCCGCCGCCAGGACGCCUAUUAGCAGCAGUACGCCGGCGAAUGAGUUUGAGCGGGGAGAAGAUGGUGAUGAUGCAGUGUUGUGGUGCGCAGACUCGCCAGAUGAUGAUGAUGGUGGACAUAUGACUGUGUAUAUUGCGCCGCCGAGAGAAGACAGCGUUUACGACAGGGUGGACAUUGGUCAGACGCGAUGUGCAAUUUGCACUGAGAUGUUAGCGUCGCUGGACUCACUCAACAAGCACCACGAGGCACACAUAGACGCGUAUCAGAAGAAGUCCUCCGGGGUCCGGGCAUACACGUGUGAGGUGUGCGAUAAGGACCUCCAGCAGCGGUUCAACCUGCUACGCCACUACCUUGUACAUGCGGACGUUCGUCCGUACGAGUGCUGUGUGUGUUUCAAGCGCUUUCGCGAGGAGCGUAACCUGCGCAAACACAUGCCGCAGCAUUCCAGCGAGAAGCGAUUUGAGUGCGAUCAAUGCGACAAGAAGUAUUUUUCUAAGCAAUCGCUGGGUCAUCACCAGGCCACCAAACACAAAGAUGUUGUCAAGCGCUUUCAGUGCAAGUACUGUCACGUGGCGUUUGCUGCACCCAGUGAUUGCAGUCGACACGAGAUCAGUCACACUCGAGCGCCGCAGCACCAGUGCGGCUCGUGCAGCCUCUCCUUCAACAGGAUCAACCAACUCACUGCGCACGAACUGGAAGUACACGAUGUUGACUCUAAUGCGAGGGCGAUAGCUGCCGAUCGUCCAAGGCGCUCAGCCAGAGCUAGUGGUGGCAGUGCUGCUACUGCGACUCCUCAAUGUGCUGCAGGCGUCUCUUCCAGUGUCACAGCACCUUCGACGGGUCAAGCUGAUGAGUCCGCUGAGAAUUUGCACACAUCAUCGAAUGAAAUUGGGAACGAAGAAGGUAUGGAUGAUGGUGCUGAGUCCCCGGUGGAUACUGGUGAUGUUGUCGCUGUAGCUGCCGCCCUAGCAACAGAGGGCAGUGAGACGGAGCAACAACACACCGCUGCCGUACUCAACCCGCUGGGAACACACCCUGCAAUGGUGGAGAUUGGGGAAACCCCCUGUUCUGUGUGCAAGCAGUGCUUCCCCUCGCUGGAAUCACUCAGCCGGCACCUGGAAACUCACAUCAAUCAGUGCUCAUGGAAUGCCAAGCAGCGUGGCGUGUUCGUGUGUGAAGUGUGCUUCAAGGAGUUUCCCUACCGUCUCCAGUUGAUACGGCACUAUCUCAUGCACUCCGACGUCCGGCCGUACCAGUGCAGCUUCUGCGAGAAGCGAUUCCGCGAGGAGCGUACUCUCAACAAGCACGUCGUGCACCAUGCCAAGGGCAAACUGCACGAAUGCCCGCACUGUGACAGGAAGUAUCUGUCGCGCGACUCUCUACUCUAUCACAUCUCUAAGCACAAAAAUGUUGUCAAGCGCUUUCAGUGCAAGUACUGUCACGUGGCGUUUGCUGCACCCAGUGAUUGCAGUCGACACGAGAUCAGUCACACUCGAGCGCCGCAGCACCAGUGCGGCUCGUGCAGCCUCUCCUUCAACAGGAUCAACCAACUCACUGCGCACAAACUGGAAGUACACAAUGUUGACUCUAAUGCCAGAGCUAGUGGUGGCAGUGCUGCUACUGUGACUACUCGAUGUGCUGCAGGCGUCUCUUCCAGUGUCACAGCACCUUCGACGGGUCAAGCUGAUGAGCCCGCUGAGAAUUUGCACACAUCAUCGAAUGAAAAUGGGAGCGAAGAAGGUAUGGAUGAUGGUGCUGAGUCCCCGGUGGAUACUGGUGAUAUUGUCGCUGUAGCUGCCGCCCCAGCAACAGAAGGCAGUGAAACGGAGCAACAACACACCGCUGCCGUACUUAACCCGCUGGGAACACACCCUGCUAUGGUGGAGAUUGGGGAAACCCCCUGUUCUGUGUGCAAGCAGUGCUUCCCCUCGCUGGAAUCACUCAGCCGGCACCUGGAAACUCACAUCAAUCAGUGCUCAUGGAAUGCCAAGCAGCGUGGUGUGUUCGUGUGUGAAGUGUGCUACAAGGAGUUUCCCUACCGUCUCCAGCUGAUACGGCACUAUCUCAUGCACUCCGACGUCCGGCCGUACCAGUGCAGCUUCUGCGAGAAGCGGUUUCGCGAGGAGCGUACUCUCAACAAGCACGUCGUGCACCAUGCCAAGGGCAAACUGCACGAAUGCCCGCACUGUGACAGGAAGUAUCUGUCGCGCGACUCACUACUCUAUCACAUCUCUAAACACAAAACCCCUACGCUACGUCAUGUGUGCAAGCUGUGUGGCAAGGCAUUCCGUAACCCUAGCGACCUGUCGCGACACGACCAGGUACAUGCCAAGGUGGCGCAGCACACGUGCAAGAUCUGCGACAUGGCCUUCAACAAGCGCAGUGAGCUGGUGUUCCAUGCCGUCGACGUGCACAAGACAUCAGGAGAAAUGAAAGCUUCAUUUGAACCGGUCGUUGGACACUCUGGAAACUCUACUACAAAGGUUAUAGUGGAAUGCGUUGCUGCCACUGUGAGCGACAGCGGUGACAACAACUUCUCUGCUGAUAACACCGCCAGUAACAGCAGCAGCCGCAGCAGCAACGACAACCCCGGUGAUAACUGCAGCGCCAGUAACAGCAACAGCAGUGCUGGAGAAAGAAACACCAGCGACAUCACCGCCACAAUCACAACUCCUGCCACCGCCACCACCACCAGCAGCAGCAUCAGUGACAGCGGAAACACCAACAUUAGUGAGAACAUGGGCAGUAACACUAUCCCCCUGCUGCCUUCAAAUAGUGCCGUCACAACGGUCACUUUCAGCGUUCUAUCACCAUCACCUGGCAGUGGCGUGGCAGUGCCAUCUGUAGACACCAUACCGGUAAUCGCUUCCAGUAGCUCACAACCUGAACAUGCUAGCCUGGAAGCCAUUAAUGACAAUGGGUCAAAGUCAGCAACAGCACAAGUGAGCGAUGGUGAUGGUGAUGGUGAUGUAAGUGGCAGCAGUGGGACGACUGCCACGGACAAUGCUGCUAAAAAGUCUACGCGUACCAGUGCUAGUAGGGUGUGUACAGAGUGCGGAAAGCAGUUUAAGUCAGCGCAAAGUCUCUACAACCACCGCCUCUCGCACGACUUCAUCAAAGCGCAGCAAGCGUUGGCCGCCAAAGGGAUUUUCCCCUGUGCUGUCUGCAAACAGACAUUUGACUCGCUGGAGGUGCUCACUCGCCAUCUACUAGACAUACACACCGGUUGUCCAGACUCCAGUGAGACCAGAUCUGUUUAUACGUGUGAGGUGUGUAGCAAAGACUUGAAGAGCAAGUAUGUGUUGUUGCGUCACUACCUCACGCACGCCGGUGUGCGUCCGUUUGAGUGCAGCAUCUGUCACAAACGCUUCACGGAGGGCCGUAAUCUCAACCAGCAUGUGCUGCUGCAUACACAGGCAGAUCUCUAUGAAUGUACCAUGUGCAACAAGAAGUAUUCCUCCAAGCACUCUCUUCUCUAUCACAUGACCAAGCAGACCAAGCAUGCAGAUAAGAUCAUGCCAUACGCGUGCCAGUACUGCGACAAGCGAUUCCGUGCUCCUAGUGACGUGAGUCGCCAUGAGCUCUGCCACACCAAGCUGAAGCCUCACGUAUGCAAGAUCUGCAACAAGUCCUUCAGCAAGAAGUGUCGCUUGACUUUGCAUGAAAUCAACGAGCACAUGAUAUCCGGAGAAAUGAACACUAUCGCCAUCUCCCAUGAACCGCUACUGACCGCAGCAAGCCAUGCUGCAACUUGUAAUCCUAUCUCUGAAACAGACAAGGACAUGUCUGCCAUAGAGAAGGAAAUAUCUGCAAUAGACGAGGACAUAUCUGCAAUGGAGAAGGACAUGUCUGCAAUGAGUGAUGAGACGUCUGUGGUUACCAGUGGACCAUGUGCAGGUGGUGACGACAUGUCUGCACUGGACCGGGAAAUGCCUUCCCUGGACAAGGAAGCAGCAGUUGUCGAAGAAGUAUCCGCGAUGGACAGUGAAACACUUGCAACGGCAAUGGGCGACGGAAUGCCUACAGUAGACGCGGACAUGUUAGUGGUGGACACAGAAAUGUCUACAGUGGAUGCCGAAGAAACACCAGCAUCGGUAAUUGAUGAAACGUCAGUUGUGAUUGAGGGAACACCUGCAUUGGACAAGGAAACUUUUGUAGUGGACAAGGAAAUGACACACGCAGACUCAGCAAUGGAUGAUGAAACGCCAGUUGUGGUUGAGAGAACACCUGUAUUGGACAAGGAAACCUUUAAAGUGGACAAGGAAAUGACACACGCACACUCAGCCAAUGUUGUAGAUGAAAUCGUAAUGGACUCUGGCAGACGCCUGACGUGAUAUUACGUCCUGCUGACUGGAGCUUCCCGAAUGACAGGUUUCCUGAAUGGCUUGCUGACCGAAUGGCUGAUUGCCUAACUGGCUGACUGCUUGACUGGCGGAGUGCCUGAAUGACUGCCUGAACGGCUAACUGCCUGAAUGGCUGACUGCCUGAACGGCUUACUGCCUGACUGGCUCACUGCCGCAACGGCUUACUGCCUGACUGGCUCACUGCCUGAACGGCGUACUGCCCGAAUGGCUGCCUGACUGCCCGAAUGGCUGGCUGGCUGACUAUAAGUACAUGUCUGCAUACGUAGCACUUCAGCUCCGUUUGUAUCCUAGCUAACUUGUUAGGCAAGUUCACACACCAACUUGGGUGUUUUAGAGUGACGAGCUCAGAUUUGUAGAGCUUCCUUCUUCCUUGCAAUGCUGAUCUGAGCAAACGUCUAGCAUAGAAGUUAUCACGAACAUCAUGUACCUCAAAAGAAGCUCUUGUGAUUGGUUUCUUUGUCUCGUGAUAACAAUUUAACAAUAAUUUAGGAUUUUUUAGAUUUUUGUUGCUGAUUAGAUUUGCUGCGCUUGCCGUCUCGCAGCCGCAACACUGCUCGUCCACAAUUUUCUGCGUGGAUUUAGUUAUUUUCUGUUCAGAUGUAUUUGUUUUUAACCGGCAGGAACCUGCACCUAUUCUACCUUACCUAUCGUGUACAUUUACAUGUGAUUACUUUUAUUUUCAUUACUUUUAAAAGCUCAUAGCUGUACUGAGGAAGCCUAAUUGGCCGAUACAGCUAACUGUCUACAG